AUGUUUGGAAUUAUUAAGACGUGUUACAAAGCAGCAUCUGGAAUAAGAUCCCUCAAUAGUGAUUCGGUUAGUGUGCCUAUGAGUGUCAGUCGUAUCAACAAGGAAAACGAACAUAAUGACUUCGAAAGUGACAACCGCAACAACUCAUUCUUUAAAAUGAUAAUUAAUAUUACGAAUAAAGAAAUUUAUCUAAAAGGCUUGAACAGGAGAGAAAUAGGCAUGAAUAACUCUCAAAUUCUAAACGGAACAACCACUGUAAUAGUUUUGAAACCAUUAAAAGUUAAAAAUCUUACAGUUCGGUUUCGUGGGUGCAAGUAUGUAACUGUUUAUGAGGCAAGGGGUGAGAAUAUUAGAUCAAAUGGCUUGGGCCUUGAUCAAGAGAACAAAAUGAAGCAGCGAAAACAUUACAUUCCCCUUGUUGAUGACAAACUUAUUUGGACCCAUCAAGCAGAUGAGCAAUUACCAAUUGGUAUAUAUAACUAUACGUUUAAUUUUGUGAUUGACCCGCAAUUACCAGAAUCUAUUACAUCAAUAUAUUUGAAUACGAGUUACUUUGUGGAAACUCAACUUGAGUGGCAACUGGAUGAUGGAGAAGCAAAGAAAGCCAGAGAUUCCACUGAGAUAAAUAUGAUACGUUGCACUUCGGAUAGCCCAAUCUUUUUCUCUGAUCCUAUAAUUGCAACAGGAAACUGGAGAAACUUAUUAGUAUAUGAAUUCAACCUUCAAAACAAAGUGGCUUUUUUGGGUAUGCCGUAUUCUUUAUCUAUAAGAUUGUAUCCUUUGCAACAUGAUCAGCAUACCUUCGACGUGUACAGUAUCUCAGUGCACUUGAUUCAAAAAUUGCAAUUUAAUAUUGUUGAGCCAGAUAAUAAGACUUCGCCAGAUAGUACAUUAAUAAGGAAACAUUGCGAGUCACACAAAAGGUUGCUUUAUAAUAGAGCGCUUACAUUGAGAGACUGGGAAAAAGAAGGAAACACAUAUCAUGUCAACAAUGCAAUUAUAUUUCCGCCGUCCACUUCCAAAUCCAAAGAUAAACACAAAAAGUUCAUUCAUCCUUUUGUAAUAAGCGACAUGAAUGAGGAAUUUGUAAUCAGUCACAUUUUAAAAAUUACUUUCGAAAUAAGUGAAAGAAGACCAGUUUUAAAAAAUCUCAAAGAUUCAAAACUUCCCCAUCUUACAACACCUUCGCCAAAAACCUCAGGUGACGAUAAUAUUCCUAUAUGCUCCGCAUUCCACAACACUAGAAGUGAGUUGAAUAAGUACAAAAGAGUAGAGCUUUCUUUUUCAACACCUAUAGUUAUAUUAAGUUCCCAGUCCAUCAAGGGAUCUAUGUCUCCACCCCAAUACACCCAUUUUUCAGAGCAUUCAUUUGAUUACCCGCAAUACGCCUCCUCAAAUGAUUUUAAAGACAUGAGUGAUUUAGGAGAGAUAGUUCCACCAUCUUAUGGAUCCUCAUAG